AUGUAUUGUGCUUACGUUACAGAACCCGGAACCACUGAUGCUACCGAAACCUCCGAGGCAACGGAGGCAGAAACGAGCGAACCCGGAACCACUGGAGCUACCGAAACCACCGAGACCACGGACGUCGAAACAACGGAACACGAGACCACUGCUGCUACCAAAACCUCCGGGCCAACGGAGGCUGAAACAAACGGACCGGUGACCACCGCCGAGACCACAGAGGCGCAAACAUCCGGACCUGGAACCACCACCGCUGCUAGCAGCACCACUGAGACUACGGAGGGCCCAACAACCGGACCCAUAACCACUCCUGCUGGCAACACCACUAAAACCACGGAGGGCCAAACAACUGCUAAGUUCAAUGACCCUUCCCGUAAAACUGCUUAA